AUGCACCACACAACAGAUCUUGUUAUCACAAAGGGGUCCUUUGCUAAGCUUUGUAUCACCGGAAAUGGCCCCAUUUGCGAAUCGUACCACUUUCACCGCCCGGCGCCGUUGCUCCCUUCAACACCAGUUAUGAAACUUCGGCUGCUUCCCUCUAAGCCUUCGCGUGCCUACCCGGAGAGCGAAAAGAAGAACAAGAAGAAGGAAAAGAGCGACGAUGCUGCCGCCGUCGACCCCCUCGGCUACGGCCGCGUCGCCAUCGUCACGGGCUGCGCCUCGGGCAUCGGCCUCGCCUGCACCCAGCUCCUGCUCGCCCACCAGUUCUCCGUCUGCGGCCUCGACGCCGCGCCCUUUGACUACAACCUCUUGCUCGAGGCCCACCACGGCCGCUUCCACUUUACGCGCCGGGACCUGACCGAGCCGGGCGCCUGCGAGGAAGGCGUGCGCAUCUGCCUGCACACGUUUGGCAACCGCGUCGACCUGCUCGUCAACGUCGCCGGCGUCAUGGACAACUUUGCCAGCGCCGACGCCGUGACCGACGACGUCUGGAACCGCGUGCUCGCCGUCAACCUGACCGUGCCCGUCAUGAUGAUGCGCUCCGCCAUCCCCUUCAUGCGCGAGAGGGGCGGCUCCAUCGUCAACGUGGCCAGCACCGCCGGCGUGAGCGGCGCCGUCGCGGGCGUCGCCUACACGGCGUCCAAGCACGGUCUGGGCAUCCGGUGCAACGCCGUGCUGCCCGGCGCCAUCGACUCGAGCAUCGGCAAGGCCAUCAUCUCCGGCGCCGGCGCCGGCGGGGACGACAAGGCGGGCACGGCCGCCUGGGACGCCGAGGCGUUCGCAGAGGUGGAACCCGUCCACGCCCUGCAGGCACGCCCCACCGAGGCCACGCCCGCCAUCACGCCGCACGAGGUCGCGCGGACCAUCAUCUUCCUGUCCAGCGACGCGGCCCGGACAUUGAACGGCGUCUCGCUGCCCGUGGACCAGGCCUGGGGGGUUGUGUAG